AACAUAACCUUACUUUUGCAUUAAGGUCACGAUCAAUGACAUCUUCAAUUAUUAUUAUGUUUGUGUCAAAUUGAUCAAAUACUUUAUUGUAUUAAUAAUGACCGGACUUAGAUAUCAUUGAAACUAAUUCAGUCUCUUCGUGGUUCUCAAUCGUUGCAAGAAAAUGCUUCACAAAGUUCUUAAAAAUUAUAGACUUCUAGGAGGCAGUACUAAAAUAAUGAAUAUUAUGUAUUCUGGUCGAAAUUUAUGUCAUUUACCUCUUAUAAAAGAACGGGCUUAUAUUGAUGGAGAGUGGGUUUGUGCUGCAGAUGACAAAAUAUUCACUGUAUCGAAUCCAGCAAAUGGGGAGAUUUUAGCAAAGGUUCCUGAUAUGGAGGAAAAAGAUGUUGAAGUGGCUAUCAAAGCAGCUUCUUUAGCUUUUAAAGAAUGGAGAAAUACGUCUGCAUAUGAACGUUCUAACAUAAUGAAAAAAUGGUAUGAAUUGAUGUUGAAACAUGAAGAAACCAUUGCUCAAAUCAUCACCUUAGAAAGUGGUAAACCUUUUAUUGAAUCGAGAGCCGAAGUCAAUUAUGGAAAUGCUUAUAUAGAAUUUUAUGCUGAAGAAGCAAGACGUAUUAAUGGCGAAAUUCUUCAAAGCACCUAUCCAACAAAGAAAUAUUUUGUAGAAAAACAACCUAUAGGUGUCGUUGGUUUAAUAACUGCAUUUAAUUUUCCAUUAGCUAUGAUCACAAGAAAAUUAUCUGCAGCUUUAGCUGCUGGGUGUACAUGUGUUGUUAAACCUGCUACUGAUACUCCAUUAACGGCACUUGCUAUGGCUCAACUUGCUCAUGAAGCUGGGAUUCCAAAAGGUGUGGUUAAUGUUGUAACAAGUUCACAUGCCUCUAACCCACCUGUAGUAGAUUUCAUGUGCAAGAGUCCUGAUAUAAGAGGAAUAUCUUUCACUGGAUCUGUGCAAGUUGGUAAAAUUAUUAAUGAAAAAUGUGCUCCACAUAUCAAACGAGUGGGUUUAGAACUGGGAGGUAAUGCUCCAUUUAUUGUUUAUAAUUCAGCAGAUGUAGAUGUGGCGGUUAAAUCAGCACUCAACUCAAAAUUCAGAAAUUCUGGUCAAACUUGUAUUGCACCUAACAGAUUUUUGGUUCAAGAUGGUAUUUAUGAUUGUUUUGUUGAUAAUCUCCUUGUGGAGAUACGUAAAUUAAAGAUGGGGGAUGGGUCUAAAGGUGAUGUUAAAAUAGGGCCAAUGAUUAAUGUAGCUCAAUUGCAGAAAGUUAGCCAUUUGGUGGAUGAUGCAAUUUCUAAAGGUGCUAAUUGUUUACUUGGUGGAAAGAGGGCGCUGUCUGUGGGUGAUUUAUUUUAUGAGCCUACAGUUUUGACUGAUGUCCGAGAAACUAUGAAGCUUUAUAUGGAAGAGAUUUUUGGUCCUGUUGUUAGCAUUGUGCGAUUCAGAACAGAAGAAGAGAGUUUAUUUAUAUCUAAUCAACCUGAAGUGGGAUUAGCUGGUUAUAUUUUUUCCAGUGAUAUUAGUCAAAUAUUCAGAGUGAGCAAAAGAUUGGAAGUAGGAAUGGUUGGUGUUAAUGAAGGUAUCAUAUCAGCAGCGGAAGUACCGUUUGGAGGAGUUAAACAGUCUGGAAUUGGAAGAGAAGGUGGUCAUAAUGGUAUAGAAGAUUAUAUUGAUUAUAAAUAUGUUUGCAUAGGAAAUUUAAGAUUCUAAUAAACCAGCAAAGAAUAUUGUUUCCUUUCGAAGUAAGAUAUACUAUCUUCUAUGAUUGAUGGUCUCUAUUACUUUUCUCUGACAUGGAAAAUGUUUUUCCUGAGUUAUUCAGUAUGAAUCACACUCAAUUCCAAUAUCUAAUUUGUUUAUUGUACUGAACUUGAACUUGGUUGAUGUAUUACAAUUUUUAAGUAAAGCUGAUAUUAAUUAUUCUAUUUUUACUGAAAUUAGAAGUAAUUUGGAUGAAUUCAUCUAUAAAAAAUAAAGUACUGUCGUUGUCUUCCAUUAAUAGGUACCUGCAAUAUAUAUAAAACCAAAUAAUGAAAAUUUGGCAGCUUUAACAUUGUCUUCCAUUUUUUGUGAUAUGUGAUUAGAAUAUAUUCAACUAAAAAAAUUAAAAGCCAUAAGUAUUCAAUAAGUGGAUGUAUUAGAUACUAUUAUUGUGAUAGGUGGAUGUUAUGAAGUUGAAAAUAAAUAUAUCAAUAGAGUAUGGAGCUUGUUAUUUCAAAGUAUACAUUCUUUAUAUUUCAAAAUUUAAAACAAAUUACGGUUGAAAUUCGGAGCCAACUCAGUUAUUUUCUUUAUUAUCUAUGAUAGCAAUUUUUUCGAAGUAUUUCUAGUAGAAUAUAAAAAAAAUACCCAUAAUAUAUCCGUGAUUCCAAAACGGACGCAGUUGAUAUAUUUCAGGUGUUUAAUAAUAAUUUCAAGUCCCUGCAAAAUUUCAAUUUACAUUAUCAGAACUAUAGAAAUUUCAAGCAGAAUAUCGAAAAAACCGUAAUAACAGUUCCUGACUUCACGUCAGUGCUUUUCUCACUUUCUUGUCAAUAUUCUUCUCAAAUUUUUUAUGAUUCUGAUCAGGCUAUCAGCAUAGAAUUUUACAAAAAGAUUGUAAUUGUUAUUUUUUGUUCAAUAAUAGUGAAUUUGAAUUCCACUCAAUUUCAAUCAAUAUCACAUUGAAGAUCAGCUGAAUACGGUGAUUCAAAAUUACACCUUUGUGACCUUUAAAUAAUUUUUAAUCAAUAUAUGUACACUUUCUUCCAUAUUAUGGUUUAUAAAUAUGCUAUAUAUAUUGGUGGCAUGUUAAUUGGCUAAGUAAAGAAUCGUUCCAGGCAUAUAUUGGACUUUUUAUACUAUGAAGUAAUUCACUUUCUAGUUCACCUUUGAAUUUAAUAGAUAUGGAUACUUACUACUUACCUCAUUCUAAAUAUAUGUAUAUUAAAAAAUAUUUGAAACUAAUAUGACUGACGCCUAUACAAUGAAUCAUAGGAAAAGGCAAAUAUGUAGAAAAUAAGGAUUCAUUUAAUAACCUUUUAUUGAUUAAGUACCUAUAUAUAGCCACUUCUUUUGAAAAUAUUUAUGAAUGAAUAACCGUUUUGAUGAGCUAGUCAUCAGAAUUUUUUAUUAUUGGCAUUUAAUGAGUUGAAACCUUGAAUUUUAUAGAGAACUUAAAAGAUAAUUGAUGAAUACCGAUCUAUUCGAAUAAUCUCUUUUCAUUUUAGAUUAUUUAACUUACUAUCUGAUACAGUGGCGUAACUAGAAUUGACUCUUGGAGGGGUUCACCCCCACUUUGAAAAAGCAAAUUUUUUUUUGUAUUGUUACUUACAAUUUUUUUUUCUUCUAAUCACGGGAGAGUUGUCCCGAAUAACCACCCUCUCUUUACCCUUCCGAACUCAAAAAAUUGAGAAAACGUCAUAGAUGAAAUGUUGAAAUAUUGAAUAUCUUAAUGUCUGAAAGUCAGUACCAAUGUUACUGUGUCUUCAAGUUAAGUUAUACAUCCCGAAUUGGAUAGAGAAAAAUGUUUUUUUACUAGUACUAAUUGUUUUAUAUUUAUUUAUCCUAGAAUUCAAGAAAUUGAUGGUGGAUUCUUCGAGAAAUUCGGAUCAUUAUUCAGGGAAAACGCUGAACUGGCCAUAUCCCGCGA